AUGAUUGUCGAUGAGCCAUGCUUCAAUCUUCUUUUUAUCACUCUUCGGUUUCAGUGUCGCUCCAGUGAUGUAAUCGAAUUUGUUUCGUGCUCCAAUCCGCAUCUCCAUAAAUUGCACCCACAAAUGAUAGUUAUUGUCAUCAAGAAUGACUUUGGUGGGGAAAUAUGUGUCUUGAAAAUUCGGAACAAUGACUUACGAAGUGUUCGAUGCUUCCCCCAUGGAUACGAGAAUUCUGAGGUCUCUCUAGGAUAUCAAGGUGAUGAGCGGCAUAACCUUAAGUGGCCGCUAAAAGUCAGUGUUGCCGCCAAAAGUGUAACCGGCAAGGGUGGAGGUUGGUUCAAAAGGUUGUCAAAUAUUGGGCGGAAAAGGGGUUUCAGGAUGGUAUGUGAAGACAUCAGUAGAGGCCUUGAUAAUAUUCCCAUUCCAGCAACAAAUUUAGUUGAUGAUCCACCUGUUCCCCUAACUGGUUACAAGUAUAUUAAGUAUAUUAAAGUUUCAAACAAUGUUGUGGUCCCUGGUAGUGCCUCUAGAUGCACCUGCAUUAAAGAAGGCAGAUAUAGGAAUUGCCAUGGACUCAGGCACAACAGUUGCAAAGUUGAUGAACGUUGUGAUAUGGGGUUGGAAGAAAAGUUCCUAGAUAAUUUCACCUCUCAGCCUUCUUUGAAGUCAAGGGGUCCAAAUACAGGUUACAAAUCUUCUACAAUUACAGACAAUGGUCUGAGUGUUUUUCUACAUGUUGCUGCUGAAGGCACAACCUUGGUCAAACAGGUUCUGCUAGAAGGAUUGGAGAUUCCAGUUAAGCUUCUAUCUAAGACUUCGCGCCAAGGACUUGAUGAAUUUAAGAUAUCAUAUUUUGGCAUGGCUAGAAGCUUUGGAGGAAAUGAGACUCAAGCAAAAGUAAACACACAGAGAGUUGCUGACACAUAGGCUUGCCUUGUUAAGGCAAGAGAUUUUCUGACACUUCCUAAUCUCCGGGUCUUAUGUUUGGACGAGGGAUUCGAUAACUUUGAGAUGAAAUAUGUUGGAGAAGUGAUCAAAGUAUGUGUUGCUGGGACUAUACAUUGGAUUAGAGUCAAUGAAGCUCCGGGGUGGACCACAACCUUUGUUCAUCAUCUUCCAGCUCAAGACUUAGCCGAGAGUGAAAUACAAGAAUCUGAACAAAAUGAAGAAAGGAAUGAUGAGGUUUCAUUGGAUCCCUUUGGGGCAAAACAGGAACUCAGCAAUGAAUUUUUUUCUCAUGAUGUUCCUGCUGACCGAUGUGCUUCAAGCUCCCCUGCUGCUUCACAAACUCGCCCAUCUGCUACCCCCAGACCUGCUGUCGAACCCACAGACAAUGCACCAACUGUUUUGGUCCCUAAUAUUGUUCUGAAUGUCGCUACUGUACAAUCCGCCUCAGCUGAAGAACCUGCUGCAACAACUGACUCGCAAUCAGCAUUGCCUGCUCACACUGUUCUUGUUCAUUCUGUUGAUCCUGGGCCUCUUCAAGUUGAAAAAGAAAACUCAAACAAACAAGCUCUGGUUGGUUUCUCAGGUGGCUUUAUUCUUAUGUCGGGCAUCCCAUCUAUGGAUGAUUCUCUAUCUCAUCCACCUGGUUUUUCAAAUUUCAAUCAAAGAGAUAAUGAUCUUUUCUCAGAGGGUUCUUUCAACACUGACUCAAUAGAGGUCGAAUCACGAAAAACAAUUGCUGUAGGAGGGAGUAUUGGUUUAAAUUUGAAUAGUUGUUCUGAGCACGUGAAAAAUACUAUUCAAGAGGAGCGAUUUAACAAAAUUUAG